AUGGUGUACAUCGACCGCACAAGUGAAUUUCAACAAUUAAUAGGAGUGACAAAUCGUCCGAAGAGUCCUGCUAGAAGAGUGAGAAGCCUUAGUAGACCUCGGUUGGAACGUCAGAAAGAGGAACAUGAUGCGUUUUUGAAAGAAGCUUAUCGCAUUCAUAACCACCUCACAUCCCUCUCCACCCUCUUACAUUCCAUCCGUAAACCUUACCUUGCUACCUCUGAACCUCCCCGUCGACCACCACGUCAUCAAAGUUCUCUCGCCGAAACAGACAAUGACGACGUUAUGAAGAAAUGGGAAGGAAGUAAAUAUCUUAGUGAUCGUGAGAGAGAUGAGAUCGAUACGACUGGAAGAAUGAUUUUACGUCGAUGUAAAGAAUGGGUUCAGUUGUUAGAAGAUUCUGAGAAAACCAGAAAAACAAAAUCAUCUUCCCAUUCUACUCUCCUUCAUCUUCUCCCUUCCCUCGCCCAACCUUCAAAUCCAUUAGAACCUCUCAUAACCGCACACCGAGCUUCAAUCUUCUGGACACUCGAUAACCUUUUGACUCGUACAACAUCAUCUCUCUCUUCAUUACAAGAAGAACGUGCCCGUAGACGAUUAGAACGUGAAAAAACCCUUGGUUCCGGUGCAUCCAGAGAAGCAGCACGACUACAAGUUUUAUCAGAGACCAAACCUUCGUUUUUCUCUCUUCACACUCCAAAACAGAAAGAAGAUACUUCCACUCUUUCCGACUUCCCCGGGGGAUUCUCAAACCUAUCAACACGUCAAGUCAAAAUACCAAAUCCCACUUCUAAUACUCAGCAGUCACAAAGUGUACCUGUUUCACAAUCCUUAGGAGGAUUACAUGAAUCAGGAGACCAAGAAAAGAUGGGGGAAGAAGAUUUACAUCUUUCCCCCGCCUUGAUACAACAACUAGAAAAUGAAAAUAAUACACUUUUAUCACAUAUGGAAUCUACACUUUCUUCCGUUCUUUCUGCCGAAAAGAGUCUUUUGGAAAUCUCGACAUUACAAACUGAAUUAGUUAGACAUUUAGUACAACAAACUGAAAUAACAGAUAGAUUAUAUGAUGAAGCUGUAGGAUCAGUUGGACAAAUGGGAAGUGCAAAUGAACAAUUGAAGAAAGCUAAAAAGAGAGGUGGAGAAGCGAGAUUUUUCUUGUUGGUUUUCUUAUUAGGUGCAAGUGGAGCUUUAUUAUUCUUACAUUGGUAUAGUUGA